GUCUAAUAUCACCGUAACUCACAGUAUGAAGAUGUGGUUUGACCCAGUGGAAGCUUUGAACAGUAAGCUGUAUACAAUCGUGUUAAACUCAGAAACAUAAAUAUUUUUCUAUGGUGUACCAUUUUUCGAGAGCCUAGUCGGUUCCAAGUUGUUGUUUUUUUACUUUCAGUUCAUAAAUGUUAAGAGUUUUCUUAAUUCAUGUAUGAGUUACAUAGAUGAAAUAAUAUUCAAUUAUUUGUGACUUAAAUAUUAUAAUAAGAAUAGAUUUUUAUUGAAUGUCUUGGAAAAAUAAUUAACCAAUGAGGAAAUAGCCCAAAUGAACAAGAAUUAUUUAUAAAAAAAAAUUUUUUGUGAAAAACACCGAUUCCAUUUUUCAAAUCUAAUAUUUUAGAAUAAAAUUUUCCCUAUCAAUAGUACACUUAAUUUUACAUCAAAAAUAAUUUGUUAAUGAUUAAAAGCGUGUUUUUGGUCUAUCUACUUAAAUUUAUUUCUAGGAACAUUUGAUUAAAAAUUAGUUCUGGAUAUAUUUUGGAAGGGACUUUUAAAACAUUUCUUAUCAAAUGUUUGUUAAUACAAUAAGCUGGAGUGAGAUUUGUAAGAAAGAAAAACAAUUAAACUCAUGUUUUACUGUUUAUUUUGCAGUUUUCUGUCAAAGCAUCAUGGUGUGGCUUUUAGCUUAUUGGAAAACUAUUCUAAUAAUUCUUAUAAUCUGCGCACUGGCAUUUGUGAAAGUGAGGAAUUACUUUGGUGAUCGAAUUUUUUUUUUACUUUCUUUCAUAGUCACUGGUAUAUGUCAUUACUGCUUUAAAGAUGAUUUUGCAAAUUGUUGGAUAUUUGAUUUUAUAAAAAAUCAUUUAAAUUUUCUUCGCCUAAAGGAUAAUUUAAAACUAGGACCUUCAUCUCCCGAAAAAACGUCCGAGCCUAAUAAAGCUUCAAAUAUAUAUUCUGAGCAAAAGAUUAGUGAUAACAAAUAUUUAACUACGUGGCAUAAAUGGCUUAUGAUUGUUGGGGAAAGAGGAAGUGGAAAAGCAAGAUUAUUCAAAUCUUUGGAAUUGGACAAUAUUAGGGAAACUACAAAAUUUCGAAACGGUAGCAACAGUAUUCAACAUCUUCAUGUAUACUGUGUUAGGAACCACAUUAAAAGACAAGACUUUCAGCAGUCACCAAACCUCAAAUUAUUUGGAAAUGUUAUUUUUGACGUGAGAAAAAAAAUGGACAAUUUGCAUGCUCUAUUAUACUGUUUUUCGCUUAAAUCUGGCUUUAGUGCGCAAGAUUUAGAGAACAUAAAUUCGAUGGAAAAAAAAUUUGGACGAAAAUUUCUUAAACGCCAUUUGAUUUUGGUAAUUGUCGGCAAAAAAAACUCAAUUAAAGAUUUUCAAAAAUUGCUGAGAGAAACUGAGAAUAGAAGUUUACGAAAUACACUUCAAGAGUGCCAUUAUAGAUGCAUCGAGUUUAAAAAAGAGGAUGAACAUCAUUUUAGCAAUUACCCUUACAAAGAUUUACUAGAGGUGGUUGAACAAAUUAAAUAUGAUAAUGCGAAUCAUGUAAUGGACUCAAACGAUGAAGAUGUAUCUGAUGGUCCCCGAGAACAAAACGAAAUAAAACGGAAAGACAAAUGUAUUGUCUGUGACAAUUGUACGUCGACGAACGUGGACAUCGCAAGUGCUCCUAAAGAUAAAACAAUUUUUAAUAUAUACACUUUUUUGUUUAUUACAAUGUACAUAUGCAUUUUCGGCACACAAACAAAAUGAUAUUCUUAACGAAGACAGCAUGUUACAAUUACGGUAGACAAAUGUUAACAGAAAACAAGUGAAUUAUUACACAUGGGUAAAAAUCAGUCAUUUAUUACCAUAGAAUUUUACUACCAUAUUGACAAUAGUGAAUUAAUUAGUGAUUAUUUAGAUUUGUUAUCCGCUUGGGAAGCACGCUGGUAAAUUCAAACUGACAGGGGAACAAAUAAUUGUGUAUAUCUUUGUGUACUUUAGUUUAGGGGAUAUUGCAAGAUUUCUUAAUAAUUCCUUUUAAUCGAUGCUUGGUGUCCAAGUAAAAAAUGUUGAUAAUUUUAAACGUUACUGACAUGGAAAUCAUUCUGCUUAAAACAACCUUGGUGCAUUUUAUCAGAGAAACAUGUAAAUGAGGCAAACUAUUUUAUAAUAAAUGUAUUUUAUUUCAAAAUAAUCAAGCCAAAGGGGCUGACCAAAUAAAGCAUGCAAUUAUAAGUCAUUUUUAUACUAAAAAUUGCUAUUGUUUAUUAAUAUAAGAAUGCUAAUAACGGAAAGUAUACGUUUGCAUUAUAAGCUUCUCCUGGAAUACAUAAACCAAAGAAUUUAUUUUUAACAUAGUUUUUAAAAAAGAAAGAAUAAUUAUUAUUAAUAGUGAAGAAUUUAAUUUUCAUAGUCAUAAGCAUCGUGGUUUUAUUUCAUCUCCAAAUGCUAACGAUUUUAACAUUACAUUUUUAAAAAAAUUAAAUAAAAAUACAAGAAGAUCUUGCGAUAUGUAACAUAUUUUAAAUCAAUUUUAAAGAAAUUCUACUUGAACACGACGGGCUUAGAGGAAAUUUAAAAUUGUUCAAGGGAAAUGAAAUACAUGAGAACAACGCUGAAUUAUGAAAAGAAAUGAUAUUUUAAAAAUUUUAAAAAUUAAAACUUUAAUAAAGAUAAUAAUACGUACCAAUUGUAACUUCAAUAAAUGUUUUAGUCUCGUGUCUUUCGCUAUUCACUCCCAUAUAAGAUCUAUGGCAGGGACACUGUGGUGGAGGGGGAACAGUGCAGCCAUCCCGCGAGCCCACAUCACUACUGGCCAUGGCUACACAGCUAGGAAAAAUAUUAUUUGAAGUUAUAUUAUAAAUUAGGAAGUUUUAGUCAUUAGAAAAUGUGUUUGGUUUUUAAAAAAACGGGACAUUUAGGCGUCCCAAGAGACUUCUCGGGGACGACGGGUACGAUCGUGAAAAAACGGGACAAUCCCGUUUUUACGGGAUAUUUGGUCACCCUAUGUUAUGGCGAGCACAUUUAGUUUGCAUAAUGUGGAGCAAUCCGUGGAGAAAAGUAUGAUCACAGUAAUCACUGUCCCUUUCAUGUACAAUUAUCUUUCUGGAACACGUUCUCUUAUGUUCGGCUGAUUAAAGAAAUCAUUUUAAAAAUAUACUGCAAAAGAUGAAGUCAAUGAUUUUUCAUAUCUGAAACAAAAAUAUAUUUUUUAUUUUGGCAAUGGAAAUGUAUUUAUAUAUCGCAGAUUGAGGUGUAGGCGAUUAUUUUUAUUCUUUUUUUUGUUUUGUUUUUGUAGAAUUGUAUUUCGAAGACUACCCUCUACAUAUUUGUAUGUUUUAACAGUAAAUCUAGCUUUACAAUACGUCGGUCGACUGUUGAGAAAAUUAAUGAAACACUUAAAUCUAUUUAUAAAUUAAUAAAAUUUUGGGAUCCAUAUAAGUCAUUGUGAAAAAAUGUAUCCAUCGAAGAGUAAAAAUAGAAUUAUGAGUGUUUUUUCAUUCACAAAAAACAUCAUACAUUUUAAGAGAAUUUGUAUAAUUUUGUUUCAGCCUCGUAUCCACAGAGGCAAGGAUUAUCAAAUACUCAAAAUAAUGAGCCUGGUUGCAGGUAAAAUAAACUAACUGAUAAUUAAUCACAGUGUCUUAAAUAAUAAUCAUAUUAUAUCAUUGUCAAAUUAAGCUGCCUAAAAACAGUUGUGUUCCUUGCAUGUUAAAUGUGUCUCUGUAUACAUACGAAUUGCUGAUACUACAACAUCAACGCCUAUUAGAAAUGAUUUUAGAAUUUUGAACACGUGCAAUAUUUUAGCAUGAAACAUAGGGUAAAGGAUAUGGAAUCAGAGUUGCGUUGUGUGUUGUGACUUUGACAAGUUGGUCAGUUGAUCGAGUGUCAACUCUUGUCAUGUCAAGGACGUUAACGGGGUAUUUGUUGUUGAAAGAGACCUAACAAUUUUAGAGACAGAGAGAGAGAGAGAGUUUUUUGGUCAGAGUCACGGUGGGGCAUUUUGACUGGUACUAAUUUUCUCCUGGACGUAAUUAAGUAAUAUAUUCGUUUGUGUACCAAGUGGAUUUUUCGUACAGUGUACAUGACUACGCAAUGUUGUGAUAAAUUGAAAUUACACUAUCAGAUAUGUGAUGAGGUAAGAGACAAUGUACAAAACAAAUAGGCUGAAUUGGUUAGACGGAAUAUUUGACACGUGAAUAUUUGACAACGGAAAAUUUGACACAUAGUAUUAGAAAAAUGAAAGCUUGUGAAAUAAAAUUAGAUUCUUUUUUAUAUCAUAAGCACUAACUACAAUAUACAAUACUAGUUUUUUUUACUACUCAAAUGAAAAUCAUUUUCUAGAUUUCUGAAAGUACACUCUUCUCGAAAAAUUACUUUUACAUAUUUAUUUUGAAGGCAUAAAUCUAAAUUAGUUAUACACUGUAGUAAAGUUGGCAUGUACUAAUAUUUGAUUACUUGUAAAUUAUAGAUGUUAAAGCUGUUGAAAAUUGGGAAAAAAUGCUAAGUUUUAAAACAAAGUAAUUUUCGUAUUCAAAAAAAAAAAUAAAAAUAUUUUGUAUUAAAACGAAGAAAAGAAAGUAGUGUAUGAUGGGCUUUUUUUUUGUUAAGCUUUACACAAUUUUCUUAUAAAGAAUGUUUAGCAUUAAUUUUUUGUACGAAUACGAAACCAAAAUUAUAAAACCUUUUAAAUAUAUUUAAAACAUAAUUUGAAAUUUUGUUACAUUCAUUAGAAAUUUCACUAAAAUUUAGCUUCACUUUUCUACCAUAUUAGCGGAAAAUCGAAAAUCACAUAUCUCUCUUAUCUAGAAAAAGAUGCUAUAACUUAUUUUCCCGUCUGUAACAUCCUUACGUUUUAUGACAUAUCAUUUAUCUCAUUAAAAUUUACACCCACAUUUCAAUGAACUUUACUUUUUGGAAUGUGGAUAUAAAAGAAAUGUUGUCAUUUUUAACAGAAAAUCUUACCCAUACUUUUAUUUUUAAAGAGCCCUGAACUGUAAAGAAAAAGAUAUGUCUAUAAUUUAAACAAAAUUAGAUUUUUAUGUGUGUCAAAUGAUUGGGUUUUGGAAUAUUGUUAUCCAUAUAAAAAUGUUCCCACUAUCUCCCUUUCGAAAUUGAAUUCUAUUUUUUUAAAAAUUAUUAACUACACCUUUUUAAUAUUAACAUAUUAUGGUUUAUACUCAUAAAAUGUGCUCACACUUUUUCCUCGCUCCUAAACUGUGUGCUAAAAAUAAAAUUUACCUUUAUUUACGCAUGUAUAUUUUAUUUUUAGCAUCUUUAAAUUUUUUUUUUUUGAUUUCCUUAAAAUAAUAGAUAUUCAUUAUCACGAUUUCCAAAUGGCCUAAAAAUUAUUAAAGCUUUUCAUUUUUUAACGUUAUAUGAAUACCCUAGCUCAUGCUUAUAUUUACUGAAAUAUUAUAUUCCCUGAAAAGGACGUAGGUAUUGCUCUUUAAUGGCCCCGGCAAGUAUGGUACAGGCCCACCUCAUCUGGUCGGUUGGGAGCACCCCAAUCAUACCAGUCGUUAAUGUCGAGCACUGGGCUAGAAAGUGCUCUACUGUUUCCGGCGCUUGUCCACCAUGAAGGCAGCUUAGGUCCCGCAAUGGGUGUAACCUGUUCAUGUAACUACGGGAAGGGCAAUUCUUUGUUCUCAUUUGGGUGUUGAGGGUCUAACAUUGAUCGACCUUUGGUUUGUUUUCAGCAUGCUCUGGUAAAGUUUUCGGGCAGUGGUACUAUCACUGCCUUCUAUUGGGAGAGCUUAAUCUCAUAUUUUAAUUUUAUCGCUCGUUCAAACAAUAAAAUAAAAAAGGAGGAUACCAUAGAGCAUAACCAUUGCAAAAAUACGACACUUAAAACAGUGCUAAUUGCGAUUAAUAAUAUAAUGAAGUACUAAAUAUUAAUAUAAUUACAAAACAAAAGAAAUAUAAUUACAAUCAUCAACUUACUGAGUAUGGGAAUGUCCUGUACCGGUACAAAGUUAGUACAAUGUGCUAAUUAAUAAAGUACAAUGAUGAAUGCGAAUCAACACUUAUGAGUACACACAAUAAUACAAUUGUCUCGUGAAGUGAGAAAUAUAUAUCAAUCAAAUCUCUCGAUCAAUCUCCGUGAAUCUCUUUCCCUGUCCAUCCCUUAUAUAUGCAGCGUAAGACGCUUUCCAGAAAAAUUUAGACUUUGUUUACGUUUCUCGUUGAAUUGGGAACGUUCCACAACAUACUAUAAGAACGAUCUUCAUUUGGCAGCGGCAGCAAACACGCAAGAUAAAAAAUAGGCCACGCCCAACAUGAAAGCAGUCCAAUCUGGGGUCAACCAGAGUUCACGGCACGGAGAAAAUGUCGUAAACACAUCCUACAUAACAGGUACCCUGUUCCCAUUCUUUAAUCCAAUCCUCAAGGAAGAGGUCCUUGAUCCAGACAUUGACCCACAGUUGGGUCAUUGGCUGGUCGGUUAGGUUGAGGUUGUAAAGGUUCUUGUCUCUCAAGAUAGUCAGCUCUAUCUUGUGGUUGGAUCCCCGCAUGUCCUGGGAUCCAUUGAAGGGUCAUUUUGCGUCCGUGAGACUGUAUGUCUUGUACGAGCUCUAAUAUUUCAAUGGCAAUUUUCAUGUUCAAAGAGCACCUCUUCACAAUUUCUAGAGCACAUUGUGAAUCGGUGAACACUACGACGGAUGGAAGUGUUUUGCGUCUGGCUAGACGACGCCGCACUUGCUUCAGGCCCAUUAAUGUAGCUUCGAUUUCUGCUUCUGCUGCAGUGCUGUUCGUGCCUCUUGGGCCUGAAAUCUCCUGUGUUGGAGAUACAUUUUUUGGAUACUGUAUGAGUGCAUCGUAGCCUGCCCGCUUCUCGCCUGCGAGAUAGGGGCUGUCUGUGAAAAUUAAUACCACGUUGUCCUUGUAGGCCUCAAUCGUCUCUAUUGCAGCCCCUUUUGCUCCUUUUGGGGACACGACUUGUUAAAUGCAUAGUUUGACAGGGUCAGACGUACAUCAAUAUGUUCGCAGCUAUCCUGGGAUUAUAUCUCCUGGAUCAGGCGUAUUUUCUACCUGUUUCCUGGUAAAGGUUGCUUAUUCUGAAGUGAAUCGACCGCAUCUAUAAAGGAGGGUCUUUUAAUCCUUGUCCGCUUUUCCCAGCGGUCAUGUAGUUGGAAACAGGGUUCUAUUCUUUCCAUUCGAUGGUAACGCUCUACGGUUGUUAUGAUAGCUUUGUCUCUCAUGAUGUUGAGUGGUUUUGUGUCUGAGAUUAUUUCCCCGGCAACCGAGAGUGUAAUUUUUAAUUUACAGCAAAAGCUCAAAAUAAAAUUUUAUAGAUACAAUUUUUAUUAACGGAUUUUGAUAUAGUGAUAUCUUUAUUAAAAAUUUUAAACAAACUUUUGCCUUUAUUUUUUUUUUACUAUGUUAUCGUAAUAUCGUAAAAGAUGAAUGCAUUUUUUAUCUGAAAAGGAUUAUUUAAACCGUUUUUCACCUAAAUAACUUUCUUUAAUGUCUUUUUUUUUAAUAAAGAUAGUUAUUAAUCUCAUAAAAAUACAUUUUACUUUUAAAAGAUAAAUUUAAUCCACGUUUGUUUUCGCACUUAUUUGACUGCAAUCGAGCAUUUUAUUUUCAUAUUUUUCAAAUACAUUUAGAUUGGAGGUUUAAACUAAAUUUUGCAAUAUUAACAACGCAUUAAGAAACACAAAAACAACCGAUGUUUAUUUAUUUUUUGCGCAUUGAAAUUGUUUCGAUUUUCUUAAAAUAAUUGACAUCAGUUAUUGUUUUUAAGAAUUCGAACUUAUAUAAAUAUGCAUCGUUUCUCUAGAAUUAUAUGGUCAGUCUUGCUCCUUCUUAAUUACAUAUUUUUUUAUAUAUGGCAAUAAUACACUUCUUUAUUCAUUUGCAAUACAUGUAAUUCGAGAUAUCAAACAUUUCACUUUUUAAAACAGAUCCAUUUUUAUCUAUUAAACAGAAAGUCUUCAGCUACUAUUUCACGAGAUGAUAUUAGUUUACUUCUGAUUGGCAAAGUUGGAGUUGGCAAAAGUGCAACUGGAAACACAAUCCUGCGAAAAAGGGUCUUCAAGGCUCGGUCCGCCUCUACCUCCUUGCCAAACAGUAUACAGUUGGGAUACUCAGAAGUUCAGGGUCGAGGCAUUAAAGUUGUCGAUACAUCGGCUAUCACAGAUGCUGUCAUGAACAGAGAAGGUGCCAUCAAUUUGAUGAUAGAUACGGUAAAUCAGGCAAUGGAAAUGAACCCUGAUGGAUACCACGCGAUUCUUCUAGUUGUCAGAUUUGACUGUAGGUUUACAAAAGAGGACAUCAAGAUCUUAAAUCUACUCAAAGAGGUCUGCGGUGACGAUUUCUUAAGAAAAUAUUGUAUCCUACUCAUGACAUGUGGAGAUAUGUAUGACCUCGAACAUGCAGAAACGGGUUGUGGAAUUUUUGAAGAUUGCUCUGAUGCUCAGAAAGGCUAUUUAAAUGUUUUGUUCAAAGAAUGUAACAAGCGGUUUGUGUUGUUUGAUAACAUAACCAAAGAUGAGGUUAAGUUAAGCGACCAACACAACCGUUUGAUUAAUCUGGUCGAUGCUCUGAGUGCUGGUGGCUUGAGGUACAGUGGAAAACAAUUUCAGAUGUCAAAAAAGCAGCGAGACCGACUUCUAAAAGAGUCUAAAAAACUACACGAUGUGUUUAUUGAGAUUGGUUUGAUUUUCCGACAGCUGAACCAGGUCCAGCUUGAAGAUCCAAUAAAACAGAUCCGACAGUUAGAAGAUAUGAUAGAUCGCAUAGAGGCUCUCCGUGCCAGUAUAAUAAAUGAUGAUAUAGGUACCGGGGCUUUGAAUUCUGUCAUUAGAAAUGUAGAAAACGUCAAAACCAAUGUGACGGACCAAUUGACCAGUGCCCAUAGAGCCAUUGAGAUGAGACAGUCCCAAGAAAAACAGAAGCAGGAAAACGAGAGACUCAGAGUUGAAAGAGAAGCGAUACAAAGAGCUUUGGACGAGGAGAAGAGAAAGAACUCAAUUAGUGGAUCGCCUUGAUGGAGGAGGAGAGAGAGAGAGAAGAAUGAAGAGGAGAGGCAGCAGAUAUAAAGUUCCUAAUUCGCGUUGAUAAAUAGAGACCAUGGCUUGGAAAAGGAAUACAGCAAUGUAAAAGGAGACAAGACAGCAUGGAUCCUCGGUAUGGUGACCCAACUGUCAUGACCCACGUGCUACCCAUGGUAAUCGGAGUGUUUCAGUAAGAAACUGGCCGAGAUGACGUAACAAAAGAAAAGCCUAAGCUUAAAAACAGAAUGCUCUAUUAAUUUCUUUAAAAUUAUCCACAUGUUAAAGUAAGAGGGUUAUCAAAUUGAAAAUGUGUUUGUUUCCUUACAAGAUAGUGCACAUUCUUGACCCUUAAAUCCACAACAAAGAAAAUUUACCAUUUUGCACUAUGUCAGACAUUAUGUGUGUUGUAACAUUUUAUUGUAAAUUUAAACUGAUAUCAUUUGCGUGCAAGGAACAAUUAUUCUAAAAAUAUUAUAACAUCAUUCUUCCAAGUUUCUAAUGCUUUUUUCAAAUGUCUGCAUCUUUUUUUCGUAUAGUUAACUUAUAAAUUUUCAUUGCAGAAAAAAAUGAUGUUGAGAUGGGGGUUUUUUGUCUUAGAGGUUAUACAAUAAAACUAACUUGAUUUAAAAACAAUGUCUUACAUGUAAUAUAUAUAUAUCUGUUUAAAUAUAUUAAGAUAUAGCUUUAGAUACAUUACAAAAUACCUUCUUUUAUGUUCUAUGUAUUGUUGACUUUUCUAUUCAUAGGUAUUUUUAAUAAAAUAGUCAUUUU